GUCGGUGAAUUAUGUUCACGUCAAAUACAUUUCAAUGAUUCUGUUAAUUAAAAAUAAGAAUGCUACAAGACUCUGAAAGAAUUGAGGCACAUAAUAGUCAUAAAUGUCAAUCAACUAUUGACUGAUCUUGUUUUAGUAAGUACUGUACUUUAGGGUACAACGCACAUUGUCAGGGGCUGUGACAGCAUCAAAUAGUCAAGUACUAAUGCUAUUAAGAUAACUUGUCAAAACAAUGAGAUGGUUUAGCAAAAGUAAUAUGGAAAUUAUUUGCUUGACAAACAGCUUGAAAGACAUGUGAACAACAACAUUGUUUGACAACAGUCAACCCCCUACUAGAGAAAGUCAUAUGUAGGAGUAUUAAUGAGGAACAGAACAAUGGCUGGUCUAUCAGUCCCGGGUUCUGAUUCAUCAGGCUUGAGUGACAAGGCCUCUCCAAAGGGAUCCUCUUUGUCAACUACCAGCAUGUCAUCAGCACUCAACUAUUCACCAUCUUCUAGGCCUGGAAUGUCAUACUCCAUUGGAGGUUUCUUGUACCGUAAGAGCUCUCUUCCAACAUCGUCUUUAAUUGUAGGAAAUAGUAGUAGCAGUCCAGCAUAUGGGUCAUCGAUUUACUCUGUAAAUUUGUGCAAUGAUUCAACAUCUUCAAUGCAAUCAAAUCCUGUUAGCUACAAUGACUGGUACAAGACUAGAACCUCUGGUUCUAUGACAGAUUUAAGACAAGGUACAGAUUCCCCAAUUUUAACAAGACAUGACGAUGUUUUAAAAUCUUCUUCUUUGACUGCAAGCAAUGAUUCUAUUAACCAGGAGUUCUCAAAUAUGCGCGUAUCACCAAAAUCGAGUACUGAAAGCUUUCUGGAUUUUUCUAAACCAGUCAAGAGCGCUUGGACAUCCGAUAGUGUAUAUAAUACUGGUUAUAGCAACAGAUCUUACUCACCAUCAUGGACAUCAUAUUCAACAACAAUCCCAAAGACUUUCACAGGAUUACGCUCUGCAACGCCUAGUCCAGUCCAUGACCCUGGUAAAUCAGUGUUUACAAGAUCACUUUCUAGUCCUGUCGAUUUUACGCCGAAUUCAUAUUCAUCUGUGACAGCACGUCCUACCAGUUUUUUGCCAUCAAAUUAUUCAUUAAAAACACCACCAGUUAAUAAUAAGCAGUAUGAUAUUUUACCUGGACGACCAGUUUCUCCGGACAUUGUUGUCACACCAGAUGAAAAUUUAACGAAAAGCACAUUCUUGGAAAAUAAAUCCAACUUGUACAGAUCAAAGUCUGACAAAGAUACUUUAAAAAACUUUAAGACAAUCUCUCCGAGGUCUGAAGCUCUGAAGAGCACCACCAAACUAAGAAAAUACCUGAAGAAUGAUUCGAACAGUAUUGACCUCAAAGAGCCUUCAAUUGACCUUGAUAUACAAAGAUCACCGGUAGCAGUUCUCAUCGCUGAAACGAAUUCCAGCUUAAGUCGUAGCCGGAGCAUGUCACCAACACCAUUGAAAGCAUUUCAAUUCCAAAGUAUGUUUGAAUCUUCAGAGGUAACCACAAAUCCAGUUAUUGUGUCUAAGAUCUAUGAUGCCCAACAUACCUGUUCAGCACCCUACAAUCAGGAAGAUGUACCAAAUACUCUUUUGACGCCAGAAAAUAAUAACUAUGAAAAGAAAAAGCCAAGUAGUGAGCCAGCAAAUAUUUCAUGGAAACAAAGAAAAGUGACUCCAGCAUCCAGUAAAUCAUCCUCUGCCACAGACCUUAAAAAGUCUGGUAGCGUUCCAUCCGAUUUAAAUACUUAUUCAAAUUACCCUAGUACUGCGGAACAGCGAACAGCAUUUGAUCCGUCCGUUAAUCUAACUGAAACACCCAGAGGUCGAACUGGCAGCGUAGGGUCAAAGUCUUCACCAAAGAUUCAUAUACCAUCAUUUGAUGAGUACAAACGAAUGAGAAAGUUAAGUGAGUUGAAAAUUAAACUAGCUUCACCAAGAGCUUCUCUAAAUAAUAGUAUAGAUAAAAAAAAUAAAGAUAUUAGUCCAGAUAAAGUGAAUAGUGAACUGGAUGAAGAAGUGUCUAAAGCUUUUGCUAGUGCAUCAAAUAACAUUAUUGAUGUUAAUUCAAAUAAAAAAGUGUCUCGGAGAAAGAGUAAAGAAGGAUCGAAAAACUCAAGUGUGAAGUCAAAACCAGAAGCGGAACAAAUUAAACAAUCCGACGAAAGACAAUCGAGGGAGGAUUCUAGGAAAAGUGGAGUUUCAAGAGAAAAAAGGUCAUCUUCAAAGUCAAGAUUACAACGGAGGGAUCCAGUAGAACGGAGUAAAUCUCCAUUCUUGAUACGGAAGACAAUGCAAAAUCGACAAGACAAUGAGGAAGAAAGGAGGGAGAGAGAACAUCCGGAUAAAGAUAAGCAAGAGGAAGAUCGGAAAACUGGAGAAGUGAAGGUAGAGUUAAGGAGAACAAAAAGCCAAGAAGAAAACCAGACAGAAUCUGGACCAAAGAGGCUAGAAAGACGUCACCGACGUCCAGCAAGUGAUAAAAGAAAGCAAAGUAGAGAGGAGGCUGGCUUGUCACGGUCAUGUUCCGACUCAAAAGCAGUCGAUGUUAAAAAGCACAAACAGCGGAAACAGCGGUCGGUUGAAGAAGGGUCAACUCCAAGAGAGCGCCCUCAUCCUGCAAGGCACUCAAGCGAAAGAGAAAUCAGAAGGAAAAAUUCUCAAGGCAAGUCUCCUCGAUCCGAUGUAUCCGAUGGAAGCCUUCCAAGCAGCGGAAGAGUAACGCCAAGCCUGUGUGUAACGUCGAGUUUGGAGGCAUUAAACGAAAAAACAUUGAUGCAGGGUGGUGUAGCAAGAAAAAACAGGAAGAUUCGACAUCGUGCAAGUACCUUGAGCACAGAUAGUGGUGUUGGGGGCACCCCAGAUCUGGAGGAACCUGACAGAUUACUGCCUGGCAGUACUGACAUCGAAAGAACAGACAGUGGUGUAGGUUCCGAGACAAAUGGACGCCGCAUCCUCAGUCAUUGCGAUUCCACACCUAGCACAACAUCUUGUUACGAUUGCAGUAAUUUUUUUGAAUAUCAACAGCAGAUCAUACUACAUGGUAGCGAAUAUUUAUGUGAGAAGUGUGAUGGGAAACGAACAACAAGAAAAGAGGCAAUUAUGGAGUUUGUGCAGACAGAGGUCAACUAUCUGGAAGACAUAAAGGUCAUGCACAGGGAGUUUUAUGUUGCCAUGGAGAAUGCUGGUCUACUUACACCAGAACAACUCAAAACGGUUUUUAUCAAUUUACAAGAACUUAUUGAAGUGAGUGAGAAGUUUACGGAUUGUCUACAGGACUGCCUAGAAAAUGCGGCAGAUGAAGAUGACAAUGAUUUCAUUAAUGUAAAUAUUGGUAAAUUGUUUCUGGAGAACCUCAGCAUGUUGUUUCCUGCAUUUGAAGCAUAUUGUGUCAAUCAACCAACUGGUGCUGCCCUCCUAAAAUCUCUUGAAAGUGAGAAACAGUUGUUACGUGUUUUCCUUGAAGUUUCACAGAAUGACAACCGGGCAGUUCGUCGACAACACUUAAAGUCAUUUCUUAUGGUGCCAGUACAGAGGAGUAUGAGAUAUCCGUUGCUACUGAACCGUAUUUACAAAUCAACGCCCGCUUGGCAUGAUGAUAGAGAGCGUUUGCAAGAAGGUCAGAGGAGAACAGAAGACUUUUUGGAAGAAGUAAAUGUGCAAAGUCAAGGUAGCUCUGCAACGAAAUCUACAAUAAAACAUCAUGGCUCCUUCACUACAUCGAUACCAAGCAAUAUCAAGGCAGAAAUUAGAAAGGUUGCGGUAGACAGUGUUUCUUGGAAUCUUGAGACUGUACAUCUUGUUCAUAUGACACAGCUCCUACUAGGCCCUGGUCUGGAACAAAUAUGGCAGAAGAUGAUCAGCACCCCCAGGCAUGUGCCAGUCUACGCUGUGCUUGUUUGCACUGGAAAGGUGGAACGUUUUUCAGAGAUUGAAGCCAACCUACCAAAAAAUGGAAUGCUCUUUCCUCAUGUUGAUGGGGACAGAAAAGCAGCGUUUGUUCUUGUGAAAGAAAAAACAGCGGGAAAAUGUUCAGUUGUUCGAGAACCGUUUCUCCUUGGAAGAUGCAUUGUAAGUUCAGAGUCCGAGUCUGUGGAUGAAUUUACCUUGACGGAGAUGGAAGGAGAUACCAUUGACCUAAAGUGUGAAAACUCUGAAGAUUGCGGUAAAUGGUUGAUAAUAUUGAAACAUUACAGUGUUCAGCUCGGAUCUUGGAGACGUCGUCGAAACGCCCUCGCAAACAUCAUGAUAAACCACACGCUUAAAUCUUGAGAACUGCAUCCCAGUUGGACAUUUGGUUCUCUACACACAACAGACCAACAGAAGUCAUCUUCUAUCAUUCUCCUGAUGCCAGUCAGAGCAAUCUCACCGAAAAGUUGAGACAAUCAAAGAGUGGUUUUGCCUCAAAAACCAUAUUUUUACACACAAUGAUUUUGUUAUCUUUACACACGUAAACAUCAUGUUAACGCCACAACUCUUUAAGACUUGACUGUUGGUAUCUUGCCCAUACACAAACCUCCAUUGAUAUCUAUCUUAAUUUCGCUUUCAUUUCUUUAGUUCUAUUAUGCCAGGCACUCAUUGCGCCCGAUGGCCGAACACGAUUCUAUGAAGAACACAACGCGAUGACGCGCACGCAACUGAUCGUUCUUAAUGAUGAUCCGUUCAGACGAUCUUCGACAAUCAGCAGAUGGCGUCGCGUCGUCUAGCACUCACAGGGGGCGGAGUUGGAUUCGCCGGUUGUAUGACACAGCGAGUGCCUGGCUUUAGUCUUCGUAAUUAAAAUUACAUGAUAAUGAUAGCCAGAGACAUAGAUGUGAUAGUGUUUUUAUUUGUUCUUUAUACUGGGUUUUCUCUUCAGUAACAAAUUACUGUUCUCCCAGAGGUAACAUAUGGUACUUAGGUUUGUGUAUUAAUAUUUCUGGAAGGGAUGCAUUGGAGUAUCAAUAACAAAAUCAUGAAACUUUCAGUACAAUAUGUGUGUGUUCUUUUAGGUAAAUCCUCUGGUUGGUUGUUUUUCCCAUACACUAUGAGACAACCAACCACUGGUUUUACCUCAAACACCAUAUUUUUACACAUGGUGUAAUGAAAGCUUAAUGGUUUUGUGUAUUUUGUCACAAUAGCCAAUAAUUGCCAGUAGCAAAUUCAACACAUCUUCACUAGGUAUGUCAACCCUAUACACAGGGACAUAAUACGACCAGUCUAAAGCCUUGUUUAUAUGUUAGGCUAGCUGGCUACGAUCUCCACGAUGCACAUAAAUUACACUUGCGAACCUUAGUCACCAAAAUAAGGCAGCUUGAUAAUUUCAUAAUCUGUUCAAAUUAGAGCAGAUAAAAUAGUGCUGCCAAGAUUUUAAUUGUUAGGUUGUGUAAUAAAUAAAAAUAUUUAUAUUAAAUUACCAUUAUUAAUGACU